AGUGCUGUCUCUAACACAGCAGCAAGCAGCAAGCUCGUGCGUGUUUGCUGGGCCGCGCUGCUAAAUUCGCCGCUAAAAUAGUAUAUUUCGGAAUAUAUAUUCUAUUAUUGCAGUCCAGUUGUUCUUUUUAUGUUCGUGAGUGGUUCGUGCGUGCGGUGUUCGGUUGUUGUGUCUUCUGGAAAGACUGGGUCGCUUCCACAAAAGCGGUGGUCAAGAAAUGCGAAACACGACCAAGCGGCGACUGCAGCAGGGUGGCGGUAGUAUCACAACACAAACACUCCUCGACUUCGAUCUCGGCGAGUCAUCCUCGGACUCAGAUUUUCGCAUCGAGGACCACGAGGACGAGAGCGACGAUUGUUCGCUUGGCUCUAAGGAGGACUACGGCAAGGAUGACGACGACGACGACGAUAAUGACGACGAUGAUGAUGACGAUGACGACGAUGAUGAUGACGACGAGGACGAUGAGGGAGAGGACGAGAACGGAAACGAUAACAACGACGACGAGGACGGGAGCGACGAUGGAGAACUGCAACAGCACGGCGGUGGCAAGUCGAAGAUCGGGGCGAAGGAUGAUGUCACCAUCGCCGUACCCCGUGAAUCAAAAAAUGGAAUAGCGGAUGAUGAUGGAGCGGAAGCAGGACAAUCACAGGACGCUAGGACAAUGGUGACGGCGAGGGCCGCAGCACCAGUAGUGAGCCUGCCACCGGAGCGAGACGCCGCGAUCCAGAAGCUGCUCAGUAAACCGAUCUGCUGUGCCUGCCUCGGCGAUCGCAGCGACGACCAGAAUGAGAUCGUCGAGUGCGACGGGUGUGGUGUAACGGUGCACGAGGGUUGCUAUGGCGUUAGUGAGAGCACCAGCAUCAGCAGCACCGUUUCCUCGUGCUCGACUGAGCCGUGGUUCUGCGACGCGUGCAAGGCGGGCGUGGAGAACCCGGACUGCGAGCUGUGUCCGAACAAGGGUGGCAUCUUCAAGGAGACGGAUGUGGGUAAAUGGGUGCAUCUGGUAUGCGCACUGUACGUGCCGGGUGUGGCGUUCGGCGAGGUGGACCAGCUGUCGUCGGUCACGCUCUUCGAGAUGCCGUACAACAAGUGGGGUGCUAAGACGUGCAGCCUCUGUGAGGAUGCUCGACUGGCUCGUACCGGUGUGUGCAUCGGCUGCGAUGCGGGCAUGUGCAAAACCUACUUCCACGUGACCUGCGCGCAAUAUAUGGGCUUCCUGUCCGAGGCGCACUCGGAGGAGGCGGAUCAGGCUGAUCCGUUCUACGCGCACUGUCGGAUCCACUCGGACAAGACGCUAAUCAAGCACCGAAAGCGUAAUUACAACGCAAUCAAGGUGAAGGCGAUGCAUCGGCGACAGUCGGCGGCGGAGGAGUCGGGCCGCGGGCAGAAACCGUCGCCUGAGCAGCUGCGCAUCGAGCGGAAGCUGACCAAGCACCGGCGGCGCUACGUGUCGAAUAAGGAAACCAAGAACGCACCGUGGGUGCCGACCCAGAAGAUGCCCCGACUACUGAUCACCAGUGCGACAGCAUGCAAGAAGCUGCUACAGAAGGCGGAACUAAUGGGACUGGAUGUGGCGGCGAUCGAGUUUCAGGAGGCGCAGAUGGCGACCCUUCACGAUGUGCGCAAGAAGUGGCACAUCGCGCCAGCAUUUAGCGUCGAAUUCAUCGGCUACUACCUCGACCGCUCGAUCCGGUUGGGCGAGAUGAAGAAGCACCUGCAGGAGCAGAUGGUGCUAAAUAAGCUACUGCUCGGUAAGCAGCAACUGCUGCGAACCAUGUACGACCGUGCAGUGGUUCGAAACCAGGAGGCAGUGCGGAAGGGUGAGUCAUUACGCGACUCCAUCAACAGCCUGUAUGCCCAUUUGCUGGCUCUCUGCCCGAACAAGACGCUGGUUCCGAUUGAGCUGAUUGGAAAACCACCACUAUCACCACCUUCCCCGGUUGCAGUAGCACCCGUUACACUGCCCGUAGCGACGCCAGUACCGGCGAUAGCCUCACAACAUGCCAAGACACACCCGGUCGGCGUGUCGGGUGGAUCACCAUUAGCCGGAAGUGCAGCACCUUACAGCAAGAGCGUCGUCAUUAAUGCACCGUCAACGUCCGGGGGUCUCUGCACUACGACAACCACAGCCACCCGCACGAUGAGCGUACCGACGGCGGCUGCACUCAAAAUGGGUGUUGGAUUUCCGCUUCAAAAUCUAAUGGUUCCGGGAAAAAGGGACGACACGGGACGCAUCCUGAGCACGCAGUGUAAGCAACAGCAGCAACACCAGCAUCAGCAGCAUCAGCAGCAACAGCAACAGCAACCGAACGGCGACGAGCUCCUGAGCGAGUGUGGCAUCUGCAAGCGGUGUACCGAUCAGCAUUUGCUGGCCAAAUGUGACACGUGCCAUCUGCACUAUCACCUUGGUUGCCUCAAUCCACCCUUGACGCGUCACCCCAAGAAAUCCAAGCUGUACGGCUGGCAGUGUUCGGAGUGCGACAAGUCGGACGACUCCAACCCGGAGACGGUGAUUCUGCCGAAGGCACCGCGCAAAUCGCGUACUCGCUACUCCAAGGAUGGCACCAUCGUGCCAUACGAUCUGUGCUACGAAGGUAGAACCGCGGAUAGUCGCGAAGGAUCGUUUCUGUCACGAUCCGAUCCACCGUACGCUCCCAGCACCAAGAAGCAACCCAUCAAAGCGACGGGUGAAGCUAGUGGAGGAGCGGGGCAACUCGACAGCGUCAGCACCGGUGGUAGCACGACAACCUCACCAGAAACACCUAUCAAAUCGCCCGGCAAGCGUGGGCGCAAGCGGAAAGUGUUUGAUCUGGAAACGAUCACUACCAUCUGCGGACCGCAGCAGCCGGUAGUGGUAGCCGAGCUUCUGCCACUACUAGCGGUAUCGGUACCGGAUACUGCAAAACCGAGGCCGGAAUCGGAGCAGCAGGGCAUCGCGACGGAGGAUACAAAGCUGGAGCGACCGUCGUCCGACGAUGACAAGCGGGUGCCACCGACAACGGCCUCGGCGGUAGUAGUGAGCGAUGAGGAGGAGGUCACCGCUGGCAGGAUGCAUGCUUCGGACGGACGGGGCCAGACAGAUGCACCAAAAGCAUCGGUUACAGGCGAGGUAGGUUCUACCACCUCUACUACGGUACCGCCAUUUGCAUCGCCCUCGCAGUACGAUCUGUGCCCCGGUGACGACGAGGAUGAAGAAGAUGACGAAGAGGACGAUGCUGGUGGUACGCAAGGGGGACCGAAUGGUGGCGUACGAGACCUCGUGCCGUUUACAGCAGCAGCCCCAACAACACAGACACCGGGUGACAAUGGGACUACUGCCUGCGACCGAGAGCCAUCCGCAGCAGUCGUGGAUGGAUUGACUGGCUUCUCGAGUCAUCAUAAGCACAGCAAGCGCCGUAAGGAGAAACACCGAAACCGGUCUCCAACCGACGAACGAAUCACUUCCAAGGAACAUCACAAGCGCAAGCGGAAACGCAAAAACCAUCAUGAUUCGCGCGAAGACCUAGCCAGCACCGCCAGCAACAGCUACAUUGAUGGCGCCUACGGCGAAUGUCGACCGCGUAUCAAAAUCAAGAUUAAAUCCGUCUUCGAUGGUUCCAACAUGCACACGACGGAGAUCUAUUACGUUCGCAAUGAUACACCAGCGGAAGAUGCCUCCAUCAACGACCUUUCGGCCGACUUCUCCUCGUUGGUGCCCCCACAGAUUCCAGAAAACGACUUGGCCGAUUCCGAGGUGUACGGUGGGCCAACCUCGGAGAUACUACCGAAUGCCCGGAUAGUUUUACCAAUUGAGGGUCCAAUUCGUGCAGUGGGCGGGCGAGCACGCGGGAAGCAGCGUGACCUCAGUGCUCGCGCCAAUGCGCCCACCUCGGUCGGUGCCACCGGAUACGGGACGCCAAUCAGCGACGAAUCUGUGUGUGACGUAUGCCAGGCACCCGGCACCUCGAGCAACAUUGUGCAGUGUGACGAGUGUCACAAGAACUAUCAUUUUGGAUGUCUGGAACCGCCACUUAAGAAAACACCUAAGCGCCGCGGUUACUCAUGGCAUUGUGCCGAUUGCGACCCAACGGAUAUCGAGAGCUAAGACGUGACCGGCAAUACGUAGUUCAACCGCUCAUCAUCAUCACCGAAAGAGUAUUGUCCGGUUGGGACCUUUAGCCGUCUUAAACGGUUUCGUAUAUAGAUGGGAGUUUUUAUGAUUAUGCUUUUAGGGGUUCUAACCAGCAGUUGGAUGUGCUAUGUAUUAAUCUUAUUAUGCUGCCAUUUUCACUAGAAUAGCGUUAUCUUCAUUACAUAAGGUAGGAAUGUUUGCUACAUUCAUUCUAUCAAUUAUGCGUGAUAAGGACCUUAUAUUAUCCACUUUUGAUAUAUUUUUUAUAAUUUUUAUAUUUUGUUAUAUACUAUACCAAUCUCAACUACAACCGAUGAUACAACAAUGUUGAUUGUACACGGUAGGGAUCUUAUUUGAUCCAUUUUUUUUCAAAAUCUGCUAUAUUUUGUAAAUAUUAAUUAUUGACUACAUCGCUGAAUCGUUAAAGACUGAUCGUCUUCACUUUCGUAAUUAAAUUAUGUUCUUUGAAUUGUAAAGGGAUGAUGGAUUGUGUGGAGCAGAACAUUAGAAUAUUUUGUGAAAGAAACGAAUGUAGUUUGAAACGAAAAAACUAGAAUUAUACAGAACAUUGCGCAUACAUUCAGCGAUAUUUCGUUAGAUCUUCCAGGCAAUCAAUCCAAUGAGGUAUCAAAGAAUAGCUGUAGUACUUCAGAAAUCUUGCCACCAGAUGGAGUGGUCUUUCUAUUAUGGCGACUAGAACAGACAGAUUAGAUUCCGCACGGGUCCUUUAUAUGAUUUUCCAUAUUUUUCUACGCUUUGGUCAUGUAUUUUUUUAAAUCAUUUUCUCAACAAAACAAUAGCAUAGCGCCUAUCAAGCUGUAUGCAAUACACUGCUGCGAGUUAGUAGCAUAAUAGUUCGUUCGAAUUUCUAUAUGAAGUGAGCUUUGACUAAGUAUAGUCCGCCGCAUUACUUAUCCUCAUUAGCGAGUAUCGAAACUAAAGGAUCUGUGCUCGCAAAAGCAGGCCCUCUCGGAUCGUCCUGUUAAAGUUGUUGUGUGAAUAACAUGGAUUAAAUUGACGAGACAUAAGCAAUUGAUAAAGCCGUAGCAGUAGGCUUGUUUAUUGAUCUAUGAUCAAGGGAUGAACCGAUUUUCUCGAAAAUCCGUUUUUGCUACAAUACUAAUUUCAACAGUUUACACAACGAAUUAUGUUAAUGUCAGGACAGAAAUAUAUUAAGAAAAAAAGAGAGAGAUAGGAAGGGAGAGAGAGAGAGAGAGAGAGAAAGAGAGAAAGAGAGAGAGAGAAACGGAAUCAUUUACAUUCAGUCAACCAAAUAGCUAGGGGCAUGUCGUACAUGUUGACGUAGCGAAAGAUGCACGGAGCUAAAAUUUAAUCGAAUUGAAGAACUGGUAAUAAAAGAGGAAUUUUCUU